AUAUAAAAAUAAAAUUCUUAACCAAAAAAGUUAAAUGACAAUGACAAUUUGCACCCUUUUUUUUGUAGAUAAAUAAUGAUUUAUUUAGCGUAACCAAGACAAGCAUAAACAAAUAAUCCAUGGUUUUACGGGAAACGUGCAAUUUAUUAAUUUUUUUAAUGUUUUGUAUUAGUUGGCAUUUCAACUGCCCCACUGCCAAUAUGCCACUAUCGCUGAUAACUCCGACAUAGGAAUAAUCGCAAAAUUAAUUUAAAAAUGAAUGCCUUACUCUGUUAUAAAUUCUUAUAUUUACAAUAAAUGCCUAGCUUGUAGCGAGUGAUCAAAUGUUAAUACGUUAUGGGUAUAUGCUGGUGCAAAGAGAAGCAUGAAGAAAGUGAAACCUAUUUUCCACAAUCAAGCAAUGACAAUAUUGAUAAUGCAAUACAAUCGGUUACGCCAUACUCUGCGGCUGAAUAUUACAUGGAAAAUACGGAAAAAGGCUGUCCUGAUUCUAGCGUUGUAGAUAAACUCGUUAUAGAAACUUUAGGUAUUAUCGGUACGCUUGUAGAUAACGAACAGGAGCCUCCUGCAUCGAUGCUACGUUUACAUAAUAUAGCAGACAACGAAGAGGGAUGGAUUCAAGUUGUGAAAUCUAUGGUAAAUGUAAUACCUAUGCUCGACCCUUUGGGUCCGUCGGUAAUAACACUCCUACUUGACGACUGCCCGCUGCCGUCCAGAGAAUCGGUCCUGCAUGUUGCUUCAAUGUUCAAUUUAUCGGCACAGAGCGCUAUAGCGGAUAGGGCAAACGCUCCGAAGCAAAGAAAUAUCAGCGUAGUGUUGGGUUGUAUAGCUGAAAAAUUGGCCGGACCUAGUAGUUUAGGAAUUUUAACCAACUCCACUUUAGACUAUCUGAUAACAAAUCUGGACAUGGACGCCGAUCCCCACGUGAUUUUAUUUUCGUUAAUUGCUCUCGAGAAAUUCGCCCAAACUAGCGAAAACAAAGCGACAAUCAUUCGACGGCUGCAGGAUGAGAUUUGUUGUCCGAUUUCGAAAUUAGAGCCGUGGAUUAAUGAGGAACAUUUUGUUAGGAGGCAGGUCGGUUUUUGUGCUCAGUGGGCAUUGGAUAAUCUGUGUAAGUUUCAAAUUGAAUUGCACAAUAUUAUAUAGGGCUCUUUUAUGUAA